UAAGAUUUGACUGGGGACACAGCCAAAGCAUGUCACAAGUUAUGAAACAAAUUUAUUUAGGAGGCCAGACUUAAGAGAGAUGAAUCCCUUGACCAUCCAAAAGAAGAGUGGUUAACGGAGGCAAGUUGUUUUAUGCAUCAGGAAAACAGGAGGGCUAGAUAUGCUAUUAUUAGUCAACACAAAAGACUCAAGGCACAAGCUUUGCUGGCCUCUACUUCAGCUCAAAAACUGAGUUAAUUGAACUUACUAGGUCCCUGCAGUUGGGAAAGGAUUUACAAGUUAACAUUUACACUGAUUCCAAGUAUGACUUUUUAGUGCUUCAUGCUUAUGCUGCAGUUUGGAAUGGGUAGGGACUCCUGACCCCCAAGGGCUUUUCCAUACAACAGCAUUCAGAUUUCGAGCUUGUUAGAAUGCUGCUUUGCUGCCAGAAAGUGACUAUAAUUAAUUGCAGAGGACAUCAAAAGAGAGACUGACCAUGUAAAAGGAAAUGCCCUUGUAGAUGCCAUGGCCAAGUCCCCUACACUGAAAGGGCCAGUGAAGCUUAUGGGCGUGCUGGUCAGCAUGCAUAGAACUGGGCCAGAAUACUUUGAAGAACAAAAGUGGGCCAGGGAUUGCAUUUCAGUCCAGGGCCCCUCUGACUGGCAGAAGGAUGGUAAUAAAUUACUAAUGCCAAGUACCAAUCAUCGGAAUAUAUUUCAGCACUUUCAUGAUUCUUUUCACCCUAGAAGGGAUUCUUUGUUUUUGUUAAUGUCUCAUUUGUUUAUAGGGGUAAAUCUUUUCAAGACACUAAAACAGGUGACUCAGCACUGAGAGCUCUGUGCCUGACAUGACCCAAACGGCCAGCAAUUUUCUCCUUCUCCAGUUAAACCUGUCCAAAAUUGAGGAACCUAUCCAGUUCUGGGAGGUGAUCUCUGGUGAACACGCCAUCGACUGCGCGGGCACCUACCACGGGGACAGCCGCCUGCAGCUGGAGCGCAUCGACGUGUACUACAAGGAGGCCUGCGGUGGCAGGUACGUGCCCCGCUCUGUGCUCGUGGAUCUGGAGCCGGGCACCAUGGACUCUGUGCGCUCGGGGCCCUUCGGGCAGAUCUUCAGGCCGGACAACUUCAUCUUUGGUCAGUGUGGGGCCGGAAACAACUGGGGCAAGGGGGACUACACGGAAGGCGCGGAGCUGAUGGAGUCAGUGAUGGACGUUGUCAGAAAGGCUGAGAGCUGUGACUGCCUGCAGGGAUUCCAGCUGACCCACUCCCUGGGUGGGGGGACGGGGUCUGGGAUGGGUACCCUUCUGCUCAGUAAGAUCCGGGAGGAGUACCCAGACAGGAUCAUAAACACAUUUAGCCUCCUGCCCUCGCCCAAGGUGGUGGAGCCCUACAACGCCACCCUCUCCGUCCACCAGCUCAUAGAAAAUGCAGACGAGACCUUCUGUAUAGACAAUGAAGCGUUAUACGACAUCUGUUCCAGGACCCUGAAACUGCCCACGCCCACCUACGGUGACCUGAACCACCUGGUGUCUACCACCAUGAGCGGGGUCACCAUGUGCCUGCGCUUCCCAGGCCAGCUGAAUGCUGAUCUGCGGAAGCUGGCCGUGAACAUGGUCCCGUUUCGGCUGCAUUUCUUCAUGCCUGGGUUUGCCCCACUGACCAGCCGGGGCAGUCAGCAGUACCGGGCCCUGACGGUGGCUGAGCUGAUGCCGCAGAUGUUUGAUGCUAGGAAUAUGAUGGCCGCGUGUGACCCCCGUCAUGGCCGCUACCUAACGGUGGCUGCCAUUUUCAGGGGUCGCAUGCCCAUGAAGGAGGUGGAUGAACAAAUGUUCAACAUUCAAAAUAAGAACAGCAGCUACUUGGCUGACUGGCUCCCCCACAACGUCAAAACAGCCGUCUGUGACAUCCCACCCCGGGGGCUAAAAAUGUCAGCCACCUUCAUUGGGAACAACACGGCCAUCCAGGAACUCUUCAAGCGUGUCUCAGAGCAGUUUACAGCAAUGUUCCGGCGCAAGGCCUUCCUCCACUGGUAUACGGGCGAGGGGAUGGAUGAGAUGGAAUUUACGGAGGCGGAAAGCAACAUGAACGACCUGGUUUCUCAGUAUCAACAGUAUCAGGAUGCCAUGGCUGAGGAGGAGGAGGAGGCCUAGAACUUUCCUUUCCUAGGUAAAGGGGGGAAGCAGUGUGGAUUGUUUACUGUAUUCUGACUGCCUUGUGUCACUACGCACUUGUUCGUUUGUCUUCACCUCUCCUGCUGCAAUUUAAAGCAUUUUUAUAGUAUACGAUUUUGCCUAAUAAAGUAUUCUCAUAGCAUCUGGCUUCACCUCCAACUUCUUUCUAUGGGCCCUCCGGCUAUGGCUGCCAGAUGUGCACGGUUGUCCUGCAAGGGUGAAGCUGUCUGGGUUUGUCUCGUGCCCAGGAA